AUGGCAGCGACGAAGCGUCAGACUGCAUCGUCCGUUUCUACCUGUCGCCGUACGAGCCCAUCCUCGGAGGUGACUCAGACGACUGUGAUGACGGCGACGGUGACGGUGUCGCACCAUAAUAGACUUGAGCUCUGCAUUCCGCUCGGAUGUAAGGAGGACCUGUACGGCAAUCUGGCGGCGCUUCAGUACAUGUACACGGGAGAGCUGCGGGGAUGCGGCGGCGGCGGCGGCGCCGCCGCUGCAGCUGGCUUCAGCGUGGCCGAACUUUUGGCUAUCCGGAGUCAAGCGACUUACCUCCAGGUCGAAGGCUGUGCUGAGGCAUGUGACCGGGAGCUGCUCCACCUGUUGACGGAGCUGGCGCCUCCUUCGAGCACCAACGCUGCCAGCGGCUCCCAGGCUCAAGGGGCUGCUCAAAGCUCCGGCGGCGGAAGCAGCGUCAGCAUCAGCGGAGGUGGCAGUGGCGGGACCAGUGGCGGCUGUACAUCCUUUAACGGCCGAGCCGCCGCCGCCGCCAUCGGUGUGAUCUUGGGGGGCCCCGGUGCAGCAGUCAGCGCAAUCGGCGGUGGUAGGGAUAAUGUACGGGCGUACGGCCGCAGCGGCGGCGGUAAUGGGGGAGUCGACAGCGUUGAAGCUUCGGCCGCUGCCGCCGCUGCAGCUAUCCGGGAAGGCGUCGUACCUGUGCUGCAAUUCGCGGAGCGUUGCCCUGCCGCCGCCGCCGCCGCCAGCUUUGUGCAGGUCGUCGAUGCCUGCCGCCGGCACCUCGUGUCGCACUUCUCCGAAGUGAUAACCAUACUCAACUCGCCGUCUCUGCGACGCCAGCUUGCGGCGCUACCCUCGUGUGCGCUGGAGCUGUUGCUUGGUUGUAGCAGCCUUCGGGCCGAUAGCGAGGCGAGUGUGCUACAGCUCCUGGCGGUAUGGCUGGCCGCAAAUCCCUCGACUCCGCCGUCACGUUGUACGGCACUAUGCCGUCGAAUUCGCGCAGCGCACUUGGGUCGGACGUACCUGGCGUUUGUGCUUCCGUGCGUCGACUGGUGGCCCAUGGGACAUAGGCAGCAGUUGCGCACACUGCACCUCGCCUCCGCCACGGCGGCGGAACGCCGUGCACUGUCGGAGCUGGCGGCUGCGGCGGUUGCGUCCGCGGCGGUGGCGGCGAUAGCGGUAGCGGCACCAGUGGACGAUUGCCAUUAUGAGGCGGCGGCGGAAGUGGACAAGACGAAGGGGGACGACGGCGGCGGCGACGCCGACGCUUGGAGCUGCGCGUCGCCGCGCGACCCCAGCAACACCGUUCACAUGUUCCGAUGGAAUCUUCCGCGUAAGGCCCUCAUAGAUGCCAUUUGCAGCGGCGGCGACGCCGCCGUAACGUUUGACGGCGGUAUGGAGGCCGUGUCAUUUGGUGGUUUUGAGUGGAGCGUGUUUGUAAAGCCGCCGAGGAGCGACGGCUGCAGCGGCGGUGACGGGGAUGAUGGCAGUGGAGAGGGCAGCAGUGGUGGCAGCAUCUUAGCCGCCGCCGCUGCCGCCACUGGCGCUGGCGGCAGACGCGCGUGUACCGCAGCCGCCGGAGUGUAUCUAAUCUGCAGCGUGCCGGCGGAAGUUGAGAAUGGUUAUCAGUGCGCGGAGGCCCCGGGCUCAGGGGGCUUCAGCGCAAAAGCCGCUCCCGCCGACGGCGGCGGCGGCGGCAUUGUCGGUGGUGGCGGCUUGGCAGGUGCCCAGGUUCGACGCCUUACCCGGAAGCGGAUCUCUGGCAUCACGUCCGUUCCGUCCGCGUGCAUCGAGGUCUUUCGCGGACGGUCUCUCCCGGCGCAACACGCGGCACAAAUGGCGCCGCCGCAGUGGCGGCGGCGGCCCGUAACGGCGCUGGCGGCCGCCUACAGAGGCGGAGGCUCCACCGCCGCCGCCACAGCUGCCGCCGCCCGCAGCGCGAUCUGGGGUUCCUUGCUGGCGGAGCUGUCAGACCCAGACUCACCGAGGGCAGCGGCAGCAACGCUGCCGCCGCCGCCGCUGCGCCUUCAUCCCGUGAACGGCAACGGCGGCGGCGGCCCGGAGGUGGCGGCUGUGGUCAAGUUUGGACCAAACGAGGUGUUCAAAUUUGGACCGAGUGCUCCGGGCCGGGGCAUCUGCGACGUGUUGGCACUGCGCAGUCGGGAACGCGAUGCCGGGCAUGCCACCGAACUGUCACGGAGUGUUCGCGGCGGCGGCGGCGGCGGCGGUAAUGCUGCUGAUGGCGGUGGCAGUGUAUCCGGUUGGGGCAGUGGUGGCGGCGGCGGCCGCGGCUGCGGCGGCGGCACCACCACCCUCCGAUCGACGACGGCAUCGGCAUCGGCAGCCGACCUCGAGGACCUCCGAAACCACCAGCUGGCGGCGUGGCUGCCGUAUCUGCAUCCCCUGGAGGCCUUUGACGACGGCACGGCAGGAGGCGGCCUGGCGGGAACGCUGACACUGCGGUCGCGCUGA